AUGGGAAGGGGCCAGUACACCGGCUCGCCACCUGGCAUGGGCCCCCCAUCCGCAGGGAGGGGCGCCAUGCAGCAGUACACCUCCAGCCCCCAGACCCCCCAGUACACCAGGGGUUCCCAGCCCGCAGCCAGGACGCCCCAGGUUGGCCCUCUGCAAGCCCCUUGUGUCGCCUGGGUUGCCCUGUCUCAGACUCGCAACCUGUUCCGUGUCUGCGAAGCACUCUCCAUGUGCAUCACAGGACUGUGCUUCCAGCGAUUGGACUCUCAGCACUUUGCGGUCAGCUUCCCGUUUGACAGGGACGUGAUUGAAAAUCUGAAGGACGUGUUCAAUUUCCGAGACCGCGAGUGGCACCCAGAAAGCAGGACCUGGCGCUUCCACAUGGACAAGUACCAGGACGUGCAGAGCUGGGCCCUGGAACACUACGCCGCAGAUGAGAUCACCCUUCUUGAGCAGAUUUCCCCGGACAGGGAGAUUCCACAGCCGCAUCUGGAGACAGACUACUUUGUGCAGUCGCACACCAGUCAGUACAUCCCAAGAGAGACAUGGGAGCGGCUCUAUGAGUUCCAGAGGGAGGGCGUCAGGUUUGCAUUGAAGCACGGCGGCCGAGCGCUCAUUGCCGAUGACAUGGGCCUGGGAAAGACUGUGCAGGCCAUCUGCGUGGCGGCGUGUUUCCAUGCAGAUUGGCCUCUGUUGGUGGUCUGCCCCUCCUCCAUGAUGCUGACCUGGCUAGAGCUGCUCAGCGACUGGCUCCCGCCCGACCUGCUGCCUGACCCUGCCAACCUGGUAGUCAUCACCUCCAGCAAGGACGUGGAUAAGAAGCUCGACCUGGCGCAUGGCCCGCCGACGACGCGCCACAUCGUGAUAGCAUCAUACGACUGCGCCCAGAAGCUGCGCGGCUACGAGCGCCACUUUGGCAUGGUCAUCUGCGACGAGAGCCAUGCGCUCAAGAGCCCAGGGUCCAAGCGCACGCAGUUCUUUGAACACUUGACGGCCGCCGGCGGCCCCAUUGACAUGCUGCGGCCGGGGCUGAUGGGCAGCUACGACGAGUUUGGCGAGCGCUACUGCGGCGCCAAGGUCCAGGUGGCGCCAGGGAAAAUGGACUGGCGGGGCGCCCAGAAUCUGGAGGAGCUGAAUGGGAUCCUGCGCGAGCACGUGCUCAUCCGGCGCCUGAAGAAGGACGUUCUGCACGAGCUGCCGCAGAUGACCCGCUCCCGCCGCACCAUCCCGCCCGACCCCGACCUGCUCCCGAUGAUAGAGGCAGUGAAGAAGGAGAUGGCGCAGCUGGAUUUGAUGGCCGGGCGGCUGAGCGAGCAGGAGUACGACAGCCAGAAGCGGGUGCUGCUGAUGCAGUUGUACCGCGCCACCGGGCCCGCCAAGGUCAAGGCCGCCUGCGAGCUCAUCGAAAGCGCGCUCAACCAAGGGCGCAAGCUGCUGGUGUUUGCGCACCACAAGGGGGUCCUGGAUGCUCUGGAGGCCGCAGUGCUGCGCAUGCGAAUCGGCGAGGACGGCCGCUCCCACCAGGUGGGCCACAUGCGCAUAGACGGCCGCAGCACUGCGCAGGCGCGCGGAGACGCCGUGAACGCGUUCCAAAACGACCCCCACUGCCGCGUCGCGCUGCUCAGCAUCAGAGCUGCCGGGGCGGGGAUAACCCUGCAUGCGGCCAGCACCGUGCUGUUCGUGGAGCUCGCCUGGACACCAUCAGAGCUCACGCAGGCCGAGGCACGCGCGCAUCGCCUGGGCCAGGAGAAGGAGGUGGAUGUCCUUUACCUGCUGGCGCCCGGGUCGGUGGACGACAUCAUCUGGAGCAUGGUCAACAGCAAGCUGCGCGUCGUGGGCAACGCCCUGGACGGCCACCUGGCUGGCACCGCCACAGGCACGCUCCUCCUCAUUACCUACACCAUUCUAUGCUUUGCCUAUCAUGGGCAUGCCCUUAGGAAGUUUCGCCUGGCUAGCAUUGUCCAGUGCCUGCGCAUAACGGACGCGCGGCGUUUUGUCGGCUGGGCGGCCGGGGCCGAGGUGGCGGCUGCACCGUCGGAUGACGAGGAUGACGCCAAGGCAGGGCUGAGCCAGCCGAGCCAGCCGCAGCUGACGACGCCCCCUGCGCUGCGCGACACCCGCCCAGAGCCCAGCGGCUCCGGCACGCGCAGGCAACGGUCGGCGAGCCCCGGCGCAGACGGCGGCGGCCGCGCAGGGCCCAGGCGGCGCAGAUUGGACUUUGGCCAGGGCAGCACCUCCCUCCAGGCUGACGGGCAGGAGCCGCUGCUGUCGCAAGCCUCAAACAGCAUUGCGGGCAGCGUUGCGGGGGGCGGCACCAUUGCCACUCAGCAGACCUCCAGAGACCCCUUCUUCAGCGACUCAGACAGCGUGUGGAUCCCCUCGGCGCGCGUCGCGAGUUCCCAGGGAGUCGUGCCGGCCGCGGCAACGCAGAGGACACGCUCUCAGCCCAGCCAGCCAGGUGUGGGGCCGAGCAGCCAGCGGAGCGGUGGCGGCGGCGGCGGCUUGGGAGUGUUUGCCGAUGACCACGACGACGAACUCGAUGCAGUGCUUGCAUCGCCGGAGAUGGACGCGCUCCUGUCUCAGCGCUUGUCGCAGCAGCAGCCGUCGCAGCCGGCGCGGUCCGGCCAGGACACCAGAACACCCGGCGCCGGCCGCCGCCGCGGCGGCUGUGUGGAGGCUGCCGAGCAGCCGCCGACUCAGCCGUACGCCUCGGUGCAGCCCCAGUACUCUCCGUACGGGCAGCCGCCGCAGCGGAACGGUCCCCCCGCUUCUGCGGCGGUGGCCACGGGUGGCGACGGGGGAACCAUGAGGCAGCGGGGGCAGGCCAGCGCGUGGGAUUAUCCUACGCAGCCAGCAGCGGAGAUCGUGGACUUAUGCGGCGAGGACUGCAUUGAGAUCGAGUGAGCUGGAUGCGCAUGUGUACGAUCAUUAUAAGUGUCAAGUCUCAGACAGGCUGUGGUGUGGGUCUCGAUUUGCGAGGCUUGGGCAGACCGUCACUGCAAGUCAAGAUGAUAAGCGGAAUUCAAUUUUUAUACAGGUUGAAGUUGGCAUUACUUUCCAACUUUGUUGUCUGUUGAGAUGCAGAGAGAGGGGCGUUGCCGUUGUGUCAGGUUGUUGAAUUGUGGUUGAUGCUCAGGAUUGAUACUCUGUGUUUUUGCUAGAGUGCAUGUUCGCGUCAAUGGUUGUGCAAGCAACAGUUGCAAUGACUAUUUGCUCUGUAGGAUAGGUCAAAGAAAUAGUCGGGUUCUCAGAUGCACAGCAAUGCAGAUUGUAUGAUAAUCGGUGCAUUAUGUUGCUAAAUUCAGUAGUACCCAUUUUGAAAACUGCCUGCUAGUAGCCAGUAGCAGGCUGCUACUGUAUUCAGCAAAGCAUGCUUACGGCACAGUCAAGCCAACUUUAUUUUGCCCGGUAAAUCUAUUGCAGAAUUGGGUGUGUGCCACUGAGUAGGCAUAGGUGCAAAGUUUGUGCACUGCAAACCGAGAGAACCUGUCCAUCAUUUUCUCUACCGUUGUAAAGAUUAUUUGCGC